GCCUCAUCCUUGCUAUUUAAAAUUAUCCAAGAUUUCCGAAAAUCGGAUGGGCCAAACACUUUACCAAAGGUUAAAGUUGAGUCGAGCAACGUUCUACCAUCGAUGGAUACAUAGCUGUAGUAAAGACCAAGGCGAUGGCUUCCACAAGGAUCUGACUGAUAUCAAGACAUAUUUGAAAAAGACCAAAAGCUUGGAGAGGAAGUACGAGUUUUUGAUAGCUCUUCGGGAACACAAUACUGAGUUGUAUUACCGCUAUUUUUGCGAAAGCCCAUCUCAAGUGAUAUCGAUCCUGAGUGGAGCCAGGGGGAUGGACCAUGAGGCGAUGCCAAUCAACGUUCAAAAUCAGAACCUAAGUGCCAUUCAAAUGGAAACUCCGUGUUCGUCAGCCUUAAAGAUAUGUAAAAUGGACGGGCAACAUAUUCUUACUGAAUCAGUUAUGGAUAUAGUGGGUAUCAACCUAAAGAAUUCUGUCGAUGGAAAAAUGAACAAAAGCGUCCUCGGAGAGACCAAAAAACUAAAUAUUUCAUCUGAGAAACUAGAAGCACCGGAGUUACACUUGGAAAGGAUCAAGGAAGUUUACAAAUACGGUCCCAGAAACCGCAAUCUCUAUAAGGACAAGGGGCUGGCAGUCUUCACCAGCGGGGGGGACUCCCAGGGCAUGAAUGCCGCUGUGCGUGCAUGUGUGCGUAUGGCCAUAUAUUUGGGAUGCAAGGCCUACUUCAUCCGCGAAGGCUACCAGGGCAUGGUAGAUGGCGGUGACAAUAUUCAGGAGGCCAACUGGGCCUCGGUGUCCUCCAUCAUCCAUCGCGGCGGCACUAUUAUUGGCUCCGCCCGCUGUGCGGAUUUCCGUGAACGCGCAGGCCGCCUCAAGGCCGCCAACAACCUGGUGCAGAAGGGAAUCACCAACCUGGUGAUAAUUGGCGGUGAUGGCUCCCUUACCGGCGCCAAUCUGUUCCGUCAGGAGUGGUCCAGCCUGUUGGAUGAGCUGGUGAAGAAUGGCAGCAUCACUGCCGCCCAGCAGGAGAAGAACAGUGUGUUGCACAUCGUGGGAUUGGUCGGCUCUAUUGAUAACGAUUUCUGUGGCACGGACAUGACCAUUGGUACGGACUCUGCACUGCAUCGCAUCAUCGAGGCUAUUGACGCCAUUUCAAGCACGGCCUACUCACAUCAACGCACCUUCAUUAUGGAGGUUAUGGGUCGUCAUUGCGGUUAUUUAGCACUUGUUGCCGGAUUGUCUAGUGAAGCUGAUUUCAUAUUCAUUCCGGAAAUGCCCCCGAAAGUCGAUUGGCCAGAUAGGCUGUGCACUCAAUUGGCCCAGGAACGAUCGGCUGGCCAGCGUUUGAACAUUGUCAUCGUGGCUGAGGGUGCUAUGGACCGUGAGGGAAAUCCAAUUACCGCUGAGGAUGUUAAGAAGGUGAUCGAUGAACGCUUGAAGCACGAUGCACGCAUCACGGUCCUCGGUCAUGUCCAGCGCGGCGGCAAUCCCAGCGCCUUCGAUCGUAUUUUGGCAUGCCGCAUGGGCGCCGAGGCGACUUUGGCUCUGAUGGAGGCCACUAAGGAUUCUGUGCCUGUGGUCAUCUCUUUGGAUGGCAAUCAGGCCGUGCGUGUGCCGUUGAUGGAGUGUGUGGAGCGCACUCAGGCAGUGGCCAAGGCCAUGAAGGAGAAACGCUGGGCGGAUGCCGUCAAGCUGCGUGGGCGCUCCUUCGAGCGCAAUCUGGAGACAUACAAGAUGUUGACCCGCUUGAAGCCACCAAAGGAGUGCUUCGAUGCCGCAGGCAAGGGCAUCGAGGGGUACAGGCUAGCAGUCAUGCACAUUGGUGCCCCCUCUUGUGGCAUGAACGCGGCCGUGCGCAGUUUCGUGCGCAAUGCCAUCUAUCGUGGCGACGUUGUCUAUGGCAUCAACGACGGUGUCGAGGGUCUCAUUGCUGGCAAUGUACGUGAAUUGGGAUGGUCGGAUGUGAGUGGAUGGGUGGGACAGGGCGGCGCCUAUCUGGGCACCAAACGCACCCUGCCCGAGGGAAAGUUCAAAGAGAUUGCUGCUCGUUUGAAGGAAUUCAAGAUCCAGGGUCUCCUCAUCAUCGGUGGAUUCGAGAGUUACCAUGCCGCCGGACAGAUCGCCGAUCAGCGCGAUAACUAUCCACAGUUCUGCAUCCCGAUCGUGGUCGUACCCGCGACGAUUUCAAACAAUGUGCCCGGCACAGAGUUCUCGCUCGGCUGCGACACGGGUCUGAAUGAAAUCACGGAGAUUUGCGACCGUAUCCGCCAGUCGGCCCAGGGCACGAAGCGUCGUGUGUUCGUUAUCGAGACAAUGGGCGGAUAUUGCGGCUAUUUGGCUACGCUGGCUGGUCUGGCCGGUGGUGCGGAUGCCGCGUACAUUUACGAGGAGAAGUUCUCCAUCAAGGACCUGCAGCAGGAUGUCUACCACAUGGCCAGCAAAAUGGCCGAGGGCGUUUCUCGAGGUCUGAUCCUGCGCAACGAGAAGGCUUGCGAGAACUAUAGCACAGACUUCAUCUAUCGCCUGUACUCGGAGGAAGGCAAGGGUCUCUUCACCUGCCGUAUGAACAUCCUCGGCCACAUGCAGCAGGGAGGAUCGCCCACACCCUUCGACCGCAACAUGGGCACGAAGAUGGCGGCCAAGUGCGUCGACUGGUUGGCUGAGCAGAUCAAGGCGAACAUCAAUGCCAACGGCGAGAUCACCUGCAAGGCUCCUGACACCGCCACUUUGCUGGGCAUUGUGUCGCGUCAAUACCGCUUCACUCCACUCGUCGAUCUCAUUGGGGAGACAAACUUUGAUCAACGCAUACCAAAGAAGCAAUGGUGGCUGCGUCUGCGUCCGCUUCUGAGAAUCCUUGCCAAGCACGACUCUGCCUACGAGGAGGAGGGUAUGUACAUCACCGUCGAGGAGGAAUGCGCCACCGAUGCCGUUGCCUAGACGAACUCACGAUGAUGAAGCUGCCCAUCCCCGUUUGAUUUUUUUGCAUUGCCCAGUGUAACUUGCUAAAGCACCAUCUAUUCUUCUAUCCUUCGAAUCUAUCUCAAUGAUUGUUUUUAGUUUACAAACGCAACAAGCUAUGGCCUAAGUUUUAAAUACAUUUGAUCCGUUUUUGUCAUCUCUGCUACUGCUGGUCGCGACGAUCAGAUCGAUAUUUGGGUCUAGGCCACUCUCUAAAGGCCUCCACACAAAUGGUCCCAUGACAGCGCCCGCAUAGCAUACGAAAGUAUUCAUUUUAAAUACAUAAUUUAUUUAUAUUUCCUACUCAUUUAUGAUUCGCUUCCUACUAUUACACACACAACUAUUUUGAGUCUGUCGAAUUUGAUUAUUGAAUGCCAAUCAUUUCAUCAAAGUUCAGAAAAGUACAUAUACGAGUAUGUACAUCCCUUAACCGUUGAUUCUACAUUGCAGCUGCUCGCAUGGGUCUUCACAGCACCGUCUAUUAAUGGGCGCCAAUCGUAUGUUAUCGUAAAUUGUUGGUUAAUCUACGCCCCCACCAGCUAUAUAUUAAAUGUUAAACUAUUUAUACAACAAUUUAUCGUAGUGAAAUCUAUGGCAAAUCUCCCAAAAAUGUUACGCCACACCAAAUGUUUUUCCGAGUAUUGUUGUUGACCAAACAAUGAAAUACAUAUUGAUAUCGCUAAAUACUAAAUACAUACUCAACGACCUGUACUCAUAAUGUG